GAAUUUCAUCCCCAUCACCAAUAUCUAUCUAUCUUUCUAUCUUAAAUGUCAGUGACAUAGUACCAUGGCUGCAGAUAUUGGGUUUGUUUCCAUGACUCAGAUCCAAAAUUCAUCAAAAUCACAAUCCCAAAAACACCACAAAAACAAAACAAAACAAAACCCUAACUCCACCACCGCCUCAUCAACUUGGAUGUGGAACCCUAAAGAAGAACAAGAACAUGAAGAAGAAGAUGAUGAUUCAUGGGAGGUAAGAGCUUUUGCUGAAGACACAAGGAACAUCAUGAACACUACAUGGCCACCAAGGUCUUACACUUGUACUUUUUGUAGAAGAGAGUUCCGGUCAGCUCAAGCCCUCGGCGGUCACAUGAACGUCCACCGCCGUGACCGUGCUCGUCUCCACCAAAACCACCACCACCACCCACCUUCUCUUCCUUCUUCACCUUUCAUAAAUAUCCCACCUCAAAACCUUGUUGCAAAUGGUGGAUUGUGUUUUCUUUACCAUUUACCAAACCCUAAUAAUAAUAGUAAUAAUGGUGAAUCUCCUUCUACUCUUCUUUCUAUAUCUUCUUCAUCUUAUCCACCAAACAAUUUGAUGAUGCAAAUGCAAACUCUCUCUCCAUCUUACUCUACCAAAGUGGAACAACAACAACAACAACAUGGUUCUUCCACCUCCAUUGAUGAUAAUAAUGGUCAUGAUGAAAUUGAAGAGCUUGAUCUUGAGCUCCGCUUGGGGCAUAAGCCAGCAUAGAUAUUUAUAUUUAUAUUUAUAUUUAUAGAUGGAUAUUUAUAUUUGAAUCAUAUAUUUAUUAUGUUGGUUAAUUAAUUAAUUUUUGU